CGUCGUGCGAUGAUCGAACUUCUCCGGGGUGUGAAUGUCGAGUGAUAAAUCCGUGAUAACCUGUUGAGUGCACAUAAAUUACCCCAUCCCAGGAGCUAUGGACUUCCUCCCAGAGGCUCUCCGACGCCUUGCCGACGUAUCCUGGAGUUCUUGAGAGGAUGCUCUUCCCCGAAGGUACUUUAAGAAAUGACUCACUGAAUGCUUCAUCCCUUCUGGAAGUCGACUACCUGCGAAGCAACACCGCGAUGCAUCACCUGAAGAACUACACCCACAUCCUGGACAGCUUCAACAUCACCGAGGAGGACCUCGAUUACAUGAACAAUUACAGUGCCAAUACAAUAAAUACGUACCAAACGGUGUGCUACUGCAGUGGUUACAUUCGCCAAUUGGCACUCUCGUACAGAAUUUAUCAUGGAUACGUUGCCCUGGUGGUUUGCUUAUUCGGAACAGUCGCCAACAUCCUCAACAUCGUGGUCCUCACUCGAAAGGACAUGGCGAUGGCACCCAUCAACCGAAUACUCACUGGUCUCGCUACUGCUGACAUGCUCGUCAUGGUCGAAUACAUUCCUUUUGCCGUUUACGAGUACCUCCUUCUACCCGAGCACCAGAGAUUUCCGUACUAUGGAGCUGUAUUUGUAUUAUUUCACAUGCAUUUUGCUCAAUUGCUUCACACUAUCAGCAUUGCACUCACCUUAUCACUGGCACUCUGGAGGUACAUCGCCAUCAGAUUUCCACAGCACAAUCACGCCUGGUGCACAGCCUGGAGAUGCAGACUGGCAUUGUGGUGCAGUUUUAUAAUCCCAGGAUUUGCCUGUGCCCCAAGUUUUCUCGUGUUUGAAAUACACAAACAACCGGUUAUUGAGGAUGGCAAGGAGGAGAUACUGUACUACGUGGAUGCUGCGAGUUACUCAGGAAAGGGUGCCCUGUAUCAGCUUAAUUUCUGGGUAUUAGCUGUUGUUGUCAAGCUUCUACCUUGUUUAGUACUCACUGUCAUCAGCUGCUGGCUGAUAAAAGCCCUCUACAAAGCAAAAGGUCGUAAACAGGUGCUGCGUGGUUACAACACGUGUACCAGCGAUGGUCCCACCAGGAGGCCAUCAAAAUCGGAGAGAAGAGCUGAUCGCACCACUCGCAUGCUAGUUGCCGUUCUCCUCCUGUUUCUCGUCACUGAAAUACCCCAGGGUGUUCUCGGAUUGCUAUCCGGAAUUCUUGGUGACUGUUUCUUUCGCAAUUGUUAUCACAACUUUGGGGAGAUAAUGGAUAUACUGGCGCUUCUCAAUGGCGCCAUUAAUUUUAUCCUGUACUGCUCAAUGUCUAGGCAAUUUCGGAUGACAUUUGGUCAGCUGUUCAAGCCCAGGAUAAUGAACAAGUGGCAACCAGCCAAUAAUCAUACUGAGGUACAGAGUACUUACGUAUGAUGCAAACGCAGGGUCUUCACGACUACGAAAGUAUGAAAUCGUUGGCUUCAUUAAUUAUCCUUUAAUUACAUAAUCCUUUAAUCCUUUAAUUAAUACAUCUUUUAAUUUAAUUA